AUGUCUGACGAAAAUAAGAUAUCAAAACCUGGGGCAGCAGCUUUAGAAAACAUGAAAUUACUACAACAUGAGAGUACAAUUUUUAAAGUACCAAAAGUACCUAAACAAAAGAAUGAUAAAAAAACUCAUGUGCUAGACGAAGAGGUUUAUGUUGAGGGUAUAGCAAAGAUCAUUCAAAGAGAUUUCUUUCCUGAUUUGGAGAAGUUAAAAGCACAAAAUGAAUUCCUGGAAGCCACAGAGAACAAGGACUAUGUCCGUCUUCGAGAAAUCACUAGAAAGUAUAGCGGUAGUAGACCUCCUACAGAACCAUAUAACUCUCCGGCCACAUUUGAUACACCACAUGCAGAUAGACCAUUCACUCCUUCUGAAUCUACCCUACAGGGAGAGAGACUCGAGCCAGAUGAUGGGUCCAAAUCACAAGAUAAAACCAAAGAUAUUACAGUCAACCAUUCAUUGGACUCAUUCCUUUCAACUCACACAAGCGAAGACAAUGCAAGUUAUGAUAGAGUUAUAGCACUGGAGGACAAGAAAAGGUUCUCGAAACUAGCAACACAGUUCCAGGCGGAAGUGACGUCAGCAGCGCUCGCAGAUACUGCCCUUGCUUUACCCUCUAUAGAGCAACAGGCAGACCAGACCGAAAGACCACACGAGCUAGAUACAUGGCGCUACACAGCGAAAAACUACAUAAUGUAUGUGCCAGACGGAGCCACCUCGCAGCAAGUGCCUCCCAAACCCGAGUUGGUGCACCAUAACACGAGGCUCAGGGCUGAACCAUUCGACCACGUGAAGAAUAAAGAGGCUAUUUCAGCUAUUGCUAGAAGUCAGGACGCUAGCGUAUCGGGCAAGAUUGGCGUGGACGGCGUGAGUAUAUCAACAGAGAAGCCAGGCGGCGAGUACUCGUUCGUGGCGACCCCGUCGCCGCGGCCCGGCGAGGGGCCCGACCAGUCGCCGCUCAUGACGUGGGGCGAGAUCGAGGGCACUCCCUUCCGCCUCGACGGGGGGGACACUCCGCUACCUGCCGUGGGGGCGGGUGCGGCGUAUCGAAUGUUGGAAGGUGGAGCACGCGAACGCAUCGCGUUACAACUCGCCGAACAAGUGGCUAAACGGAGAAGACCCACGACGCCAAGAAUAGCGCCACCAACGCCAAGUUUUAGAUCAAACACAGAACGUCUGGCCAGUAUGUCCCCAGCAGCAAGAAAAUUAGCAGCAAAACACUUACUUUCUCCACGACUGAGGCUCACCCCAAAUGAUAUGGGCAUUUUGUCACACGCAACACCUAAGGGGACCCCCACAGCUAGACGCCCACUAGUGGCAACACCAAAUGUUAUUAAAUCGAGGACUCCGCGCACACCUACAGCCAAUAAUGGCAACACACCUACCACAGAGGACAAUAAUCUCACAGAUAAUCUACUACAAAUCAAUGUUGCUAAACGAACAAGAUUAAAAGCAGCAGAUUUCUUUCAAUAA